ACACGACUGGCUCUGGACAACGGACGAUCAGUGUGAUAUUGCUCGCUCAACAUGAUCGUCACGCAGACGGCUCAUCUGUACCGCAUCCUGGUGCUUCUCUCCCUUGCUGGAGGUAAAGUAAAAUCUAGAAACAGUUUGACUAUCACACGAAACAAAGUGAUUAUCCAUUCAGUUUCAAUACAGUUAAUAACCCCGCUAUACAUCCAUUUUCAUUAUUCUUUCAUUUGAGUUAAAGAUAUUUGAAAAUAUAUCUGUCAUAAAUAUAGCUUAAGUUAAAAAAUGAUGACGAGGACAAACGAUGGCUGAUAUGCAAUGGCCGUUCACUUGAUGCUUUGAUACUUUGGUGUUUUUAAACUGCUUCGCUUUUCUUCAAAAUGUCUAACGUCUGCUUGGAUGAAAAUUAAAAUAAAAGCAUCGAGAAUAAUUUUUUUCAGUUGUUUAUUCGUGUUUGCUAAUCACAGAGGUAUGGUCGCUCUUUAAAACAGCAACACCUAAAAAGUUAUUCAUUUGCUUUUUAAAAAAAAUCUUGUUCCCAUCAUCUGAGUUGAAAUUUCCCUUGCCUCCACUCCAAAAUGCAGGCAAGAGAGCAAUUGGUGCACACGUUGAUAGGGCGUUGUGUCAUUCCAUUCAUUUAUUGCGUUACUUUUAAGCCAUGACGACGAAAUAUAGUUGUUUAAGCCGACGUCAAGCAGUGUCUGGUGGCACCAAGUUCAGGUGACACGCUGCUCUAGUGAAACUCCUCUAUGGUGACACGCUGGUCUAGUGACACCCUUCUAUGGUGACACGCUAUUCUCGUGACACGCUAUUCUCGUGACACGCUACUAUGGAGACACUCGGCACUUGUGUAACAGUUCCUGGCGACAUGCUAUUCUGGUGACAUGCUAUUAUGAUGACAUGCUAUUUAGGUGACAGGCUCUUCAGGUGAUAUGCCAUUAUGAUGAAUUGCUAUUCUGGGGACAUGCUAUUAUGAUGAAAUGCUAAUAUGAUGAAAUGCUAUUAUGAUGACAUGCUGUUCAGGUGACAUGCUAUUCUGGUGAUAUGCUUUUAUGAUGACAUGCUAUUAUGAUGACAUGCUAUUCAGGUGACAUGCUAUUAUGAUGAAAUGCUAUUCAGGUGACAUGCUAUUAUGAUGACAUGCUAUUCGGGUGACAAGCUUUUAUGGUAACAUGCUAAUGGUGACAUUCUAUUAUGAUGACAUGUUGUUCUAGUCACAUGCUAUUAUAUGGCAUGCUAUUCUGGUGACAUGCUAUUAUGAUGAUAUGUUAUUCUGGUGGUAUGCUUUUAUGAUGACAUGCUAUUCUGGUGACAUGCUAUUAUGAUGACAUGCCAUUCUGGUGACAUGCUAUUAUGAUGACAUGUAAUUCUGGUGACAUGCUAUUAUGAUGGCAUGCUAUUAUGAUGGCAUGCUAUUAUGAUGACAUGCCAUUCUGGUGACAUACUAUUAUGAUGACAUGUAACUCUGGUGACAUGCUAUUAUGAUGGCACGCUAUUAUGAUGACAUGCUAUUUUGGUGACAUGCUAUUAUGAUGACACACUAUUUUUGUGAUACGCCGUUCUGAAGGAUCAUGGCUCUGGUAACACUUUGUUCUGGUGAUUCAAUUUUCUUGUAAUAUACUGUUGUUGUUAAAAACUUUUCUGGUUGCACACUAUCUUGUGGCACACUCUCUUGUGGCACAUUAUCUGUUGGCACACUAUCUAUUGGCACAUUGUCUGGUGGCACUCUAUCUUGUGGCAUACUAUCUGGUAGCACACUAUCUGGUUUCACACUAUCUGGUGGCCCACUAUCUGGUGGCACACUAUCUGGUGGCACACUAUCUGGUGGCACACUAUCUGGUGGCACACUAUCUGGUGGCACACUAUCUGGUGGCACACUAUCUGGUGGCACACUAUCUGGUGGCACACUAUCUGGUGGCACACUAUCUGGUGGCACCCCAUCUGGUGGCACCCCAUCUGGUGGCACCCCAUCUGGUGGCACACCCUCUGGUGGCACACCCUCUGGUGGCACACCCUCUGGUGGCACCCCAUCUGGUGGCAUUCUGAUGUUUUAUUUCAGUGAGUUCUGGUAUGAAACCCACUCAAAUGAACUCUGUAAAAAUGUGCAUUUUCCUUUAGGGGUCACCCCCCCCCCCCUAUUAGGAUGUUACUGGAUGCGGACCGCCCUUCCCCCCCCCCCCCCCCACACGACGCAAAGGCUUAGUACACAAAGAAUUUCAUUCUUACUCCAUGUGUGUGUGUGUGUGUGUGUGUGUGUGCGUGUGUGUGAUCUAGCUUCAACCUACUCUCUUAUAUAUCUGUAGGCUACUCUACUGUACUUUAAGGUAACGUGUCAAUAAAUGUCUCGUUUGUUUUCGUGUUAUGUCUUCAGGGGGUCUCGCGGAGACGCCUUUGGAACAGCUGCAGAGGUUCCGGAGAGAAAUCCAAGGCAUGGAGAAGAACAUCAAGUCGAUCUAUGAAGUGACGACAUCGAGGGAGAAUUUCAUCGUGACUUUCAAAGAUUUCGAAAUGAAGUGGGACCAGAGACUCAAGAUGUUCAAGGAAGCGCUGUUCUAUCAAUCAACAGUUCACUACAACAUUAGUUACCUCAUCGAUAAAUUUGAACGCUUCAACCCCCAAGGCUCCAACGCGUUAACCAGGUGUGUCGCCGUCGACGCCUACCCCGCGGAGAUCGAAAACAGAGACCAGCACAGUUUCAUCAAGUCGUUCUUGGCCCAGCAAACCUACGGAGAAAGUGACUACGCGUACCUCGGUGGCUAUCAAUUCGAGGGAGAUUGGUUCGGGCCAGUCAAAAGUUCCAUGGUUGUAGCAUUCUGGGCGCAAUACUACCCCACGGAAGGCGAAGGAGAGGACUGCCUGGCCCUUGACAAGAGAGAGGACUGGGAUUUAACGAACAUGUUCUGCAACGAUCAGAAAAGUCGAUAUCUGUGUGAAAUGAACGAUGAUUCCCCGCUCCUAUGACGUCAUACAGAAAUGAACAAAAAGUAUUAAAAAUUAUUCAUUAAU